AUGGCUGUUGGAGCAUUGUUCCACAAAAUGACGACAAUGGUGACUUCUGAUCAUGCUUCCGUCGUCUCUAUGAACCUUUUUGUUGCACUUCUAUGUGCUUGCAUCAUCAUCGGUCAUUUGUUGGAGGAGAACCGAUGGAUCAAUGAAUCCAUCACUGCCCUUCUCAUUGUCAGAUUCCUAAUCUACCUAGGUCUUUGUACUGGGGUCUUUAUACUGCUCACGACUGGAGGAAAAAGCUCUCAUAUACUGGUCUUCAGUGAAGAUCUUUUCUUCAUUUACCUUCUCCCACCCAUCAUUUUCAAUGCCGGGUUUCAGGUGAAGAAGAAACAAUUUUUCCGCAAUUUUAUGACUAUUAUGCUCUUUGGUGCAGUUGGUACUUUGAUAUCAUUCUGCAUCAUAUCACUGGGUGCCAUACACUUUUUUCAGAAGUUGGACAUUGGUUCGCUGAAGAUUGGAGAUUUUCUAGCAAUUGGAGCAAUAUUUUCAGCAACAGAUUCAGUUUGCACCUUGCAGGUUCUUAAUCAGGAUGAGACUCCUCUACUAUAUAGCCUGGUCUUUGGGGAGGGGGUGGUAAAUGAUGCUACCUCUGUAGUACUCUUCAAAGCAAUUCAGAAUUUUGACCUCUCUCACAUUGACUUAACCACUGCCUUACAGUUAAUAGGAAAUUUUUUAUAUUUAUUCAUUGCAAGCACUGUGCUGGGAAUCUUUGCUGGAUUGCUUAGUGCUUACAUUAUCAAAAAACUUUAUUUUGGCAAGUUAAUAAGGCAUUCUACAGAUCGUGAGGUUGCUCUCAUGGUACUCAUGGCAUACCUUUCAUAUAUGCUAGCUGAACUAUUCUCUUUAAGUGCCAUUCUGACUGUUUUCUUCUGCGGCAUUGUUAUGUCUCACUACACGUGGCAUAAUGUAACUGAAAGUUCAAGAGUGACAACAAAGCAUGUUUUCGCCACUUUGUCAUUUAUUGCUGAAAUAUUUAUCUUCCUCUAUGUGGGGAUGGAUGCACUAGAUAUAGAAAAGUGGCGAAUUGUAAGUCAAAGCCCAAGAAAAUCAAUUGGGGUCAGUUCGUUGCUGCUGGCACUUAUCCUAGUGGGAAGAGCUGCAUUUGUUUUCCCUUUGUCUUUCUUAUCCAACUUGCUUAAGAAGUCUCAAUCUGAGAAAAUUGAGUUAAAGCAACAGGUAACAAUUUGGUGGGCUGGUCUCAUGCGUGGAGCUGUUUCUAUUGCACUUGCUUACAAUCAGUUUACCAGGCUGGGCCAUACUAUAUUGCGCGAAAAUGCCAUCAUGAUCACUAGUACCAUUACUGUUGUACUCUUCAGCACAUUGGCCUUUGGGUUGAUGACGAAGCCACUUGUGAGGCUAUUGCUUCCUUCUUCUAAGCAAGUAAUGAGCUUGCCGUCCCCACCAUCGACACCAAAAUCAUUCACAGUGCCACUUCUUGGCAGUGGAGGAGAGGAUUCAUCAUGGGCCAAUGGUGUCACCCAAAAUGGGUCUCCACCAAGCACCUUUAGGAUGCUACUAAGCUGCAUUCCUACUCGUGGGGUGCACCACUAUUGGCGCAAGUUUGAUGAUUCUGUCAUGCGACCCGUGUUUGGUGGACGAGGUUUUGUGCCCUACGUUCCCGGGUCACCCCUUGAACAAAGUGUUCAUCAAUGGCAUGGCAGUUAG